ACGCCACAGUCUGAAGAGGUGUAGUUCCUCUGCACGGACACGUGGGGCAGCAGCGAGUUCACAGGAUGGCGUCACAGCAUGUGACGAGGAAGACGCUUCUUCACCAGACGCGGUGCCAGCGAAACACAUGUGAUCAUGGAGGAGGACGAGAUGGAGAUGAGCACAGAGGAGCUUAGAACGUGGAUCAGAGGGAUGGUAAUGGAGAACCCGCUGAUAUCCACAGGUGUGCAGGAGAAAUGCAACCAGCUGCAAUCGCUGCUGGAAAGGAGGGUGAAACGGGCUUCCCGCCUCGCGAGGCUCCACCAGUCCGUGGCAGCAUGUGAGGCGACGGUGAAGAAACUAUACUCUUUGCUGGGGUGGGAAUACAAAGACACUGAUUCUGACGCUGAUGAUGAUGAUGAUAUAACAGGAAAUACUGCGUCAGGAUCUCCGAGUGGCCUGGCUUCUCUGUUACCAAAGCUACAUAACCGUGAGAAUCUCCAUAGCGAUGAGGGCAGAAAAAGUCUUGAGAGCGAACCGGUUGUGGUCCUGACCAGGCUUCCUACACAUACGAUCAGAUCUUUUUCUCGCUGGAUACCUGAGGAUCAUGACAUUGCAGUAAAAUCCUUAGACGUUUCUGAUACGCUCUGGAAACAUCGAGGUCUUUCAAGUGAUUCAGAUUUCGUUGUCCCAAACGAUAAGUCUAUGCCGAACAAGAGGAAAAAAAUGAAUAGAACAAAUAAAAAGCUUUCCACAAGUCAUGCGUCACCCAAAGCUAGCACUAAUACUGAGGCCAAAGUCAACGUAACAACAACGUCACCACCCCAAACCAGUAUAAACCGCAAUGCCAAUCGCAAAAGGAAGAGAAAAGCAGCGUCAACCGCAACAUCAACACCACCAGGGACCACUAACGGAGUAAGCCAAGUGGACAUAAGAACUCCUCCGUGCCAAACCUCACCCAGAGCUACCAAUCCUGCUCCCGGAGUGCUACAAGGGGAGCUCACGGUCAACACGAGUGUUCUGGCCAGACGGAGCGCCAUGUGCUGGCAACUGGGAAAAAUCCUGGAGAUAGUAACAAAAGAAGAUGGUAGGUUGAAAUACAAAGUACAUUUUGAGCCAAAGGGAAAGAGCCUCGUCUCUGCUCACCACAUCGCCCUUGACUGCCCGCCACAGUUGGAUCAGCUGUUAGUCGGUACUCGUGUGGUGGUCAGGUUUCCACGAGACCAGCAGAACUUCUGCCCCGGUGUCAUGGCAGAGCUCCCCGACAAGAGAAACAAACUGAGGUUCCUGGUCUUUAUGGAUGAUGAGAGGCCGGCGUAUGUUGCCUUACCGUCACUUCGCCUGGUGUACCGACCAUUGAAGGACCCUUUGGACGAUAUUCCAGAGGGUGCUCACAAGAAUUUCAUCAAAGGGUAUAUUGACGUCUGGCCGUACCCACCCAAGACCCAAUACAUUGUUGGCCACAAAGUUAAUGCAGAACUCGAUGGAGUCCUGCAGAGGUGUGAGGUGCAGACCGUCGACUGCAGCUUGAUGGAGGUUGUUUUUUUGACAAAUCAACAUACGGUGUGGCUCUACAGAGGUUCCCCGCGCUUGGAACACAUAAUUAACUUGAAGAAGCCCCCGGGUGUGAUUGGGCCAAGAAAAAAUCUCCAAGUUGAUGGUAAAUAGGAUCGUAACAUAACCUCUUUAUUCAGGUUACUCCUACAGUUCCUUUCACCCCUUCUGCAGUUCCAUGUCUUGUAUAUUUCAAAGUCAUGAAAGUUGCUCUCAAAGUUUAUACUGAAGUGUUCUGAGGGCUUUUUAGGCCCAAAGUGUCCUCUGGUCGGUCCUGGUUGAGAGCAUUGUCAUUACACCAUAAGUAGUUAUAUUGUUGGUCUCCUGUUAGCCAGUAUGGUUUUCUUUAUUCCAGAGAGGCUAGUAUUAUUAAAUGGUAAUGGUCAAAUGUGAGCAGUCCCCAAAAUGCCUUGUUCUUUUAUACUUUUAUUUGUGUUGCUGUUAUUGUGUUCUUAAAUAAAAGCAAAUUCUCUAAUUUUCAA